AUGUCUGGCAACACCAAUUGCAGUGUUUACAUAGGCAAUCUAGAUGAGAGGGUGACAGAUAGGGUCUUGUAUGAUAUAUUAAUACAAGCAGGACGAGUGGUAGAUUUACACAUUCCUAAAGAUAAGGAAUCAGAGAAACCAAAAGGUUUUGCCUUUGCAGAAUAUGAAACUGAAGAGAUUGCAGACUAUGCUGUCCGGCUUUUCUCGGGUCUCGUUACUCUCUACAACAGAACACUCAAGUUUGCUAUAUCUGCCAGAGACAGAGCUAUCACUAAUGGUUCUACGUCAAUUACCCCCACGUCAAAUUCUUCUCAAAGAUCACGGCAAUAUCCAGCCCCAUUAAAUAAUUCAGAUCUGCAUUCUGAAGCGCGCAAAAGAUACUAG